AUGUUAGCCGCCGGACAAGCGAUAUUUGCGCCAAAGCGUUCCAGGUGGACGUUUAGAGGCCGAGAUGUGCUCAUCCUUACCUUUAUACUUAUUUCAAUACUGGGUGUUUUGGAACUUUCCGCGGUGCCGCCGUCGAAAUGGCGAGUCCUCGGCUCAACCACUUACACGCCAGAGCAGCAGCAACAGCCAGCAAAGGUGCCAUCGAUUCAAUCAAGUAUAUUAUUAAAAGAAGCAACACCAGAGGAUAGCCGCAUCGCCAAAGUUAGCAUCAUGUACGGCGACGCAAAGCCAGAAUACGAGCAGGCUCUCGCCACACAUAAGCACCACAACCGACUACACGGCUACAAAAUGCUGAUUCAGCGUGAGCCCAUGUUGGAAGGCUAUUGGACGAAGCCCGCCUUUUUAAUGUCUAUCGUUCUUCAGGAACUACGGAAACCCCAGCACGAAAGGCUACAGUGGCUAUUUUGGGUCGACGCUGACACGAUUAUACUCAACUAUGAGAUGCCCAUCGAGGCAUUCUUGCCGCCGUGGCAGGACAACGACUUGAAAGAUAUCUCCAUCGUUGUUACCAACGACUUCAACGGCUUUAAUAACGGCGUCUUUGCGGUCAAAGUAGAUGUGCUGGCAGCAGAAUUGUUUGCCGGCAUUCUCGCGUUUCGCGACUUUGAGCCUGAGACCUAUUUACAGUGGCACGAUCAAAGUGCAAUGCACAAUGUGCUAAAGCAGCGGAAAUUCGCAAAACAUACUGUUUAUGUACCACAGAGAUGGUUUAAUGCCUACAAGCCAGACGAGGGAGGCGAACUAAAGGAAGACCAUGUUCGACCCGGCGACUUUUUAGUCCAUUUUGCGGGUGUUGCGGACCGAGAGCCCGUUAUGCGCGAAUGGCUUACGUUGUCUGAGAAGCGAUUACCAGAAUGGAAUGUCCGGCUUUCCGCUACCGAUUAUCCAGCAGAGAUUGAAAGAUUUUGGGCGAAAUUUAAAGAGGAAAAGGCUGUACGAGACAAGGAAGAAGAAGAAGAGUUGAAACGAAAGGAACAAGACAAGAAGAAGCAGGAGGAGGAGGACCAGAAGAACAAGGACAAGGAAGAGAAGAAGAGCCAAUAGCAAGACGGAUAAAUAGAUAUUAAACUGUGUAUAAUACCAAUAUCUUUUUUCUUUAUUUUUCAGGCUAUGCAUUCAUUGCUCGCCUCGGCGUUGUGCGAUGUCCGACUUUGGAUGCGACCACGGACCAGUCGGCUCCGACAUGCCGAUAUACUGUCUUUCGCAUAGCUACCCGAAAAAAGGCGCCUUGCAAUCCAUUUGACAAAAAACAAUUUACAUUUUAGUCCCGCACGUAAUCGUCUUGUCUCAAUAUAGCCGGGCAACUGCCAUCUCCCCGCGUCUCGGCAGUGCCGGUCCCGGUUAACGCCGCCGCCAGCCCCAUGCGACGGCAGCAACCGCACAAUCGCAGCCGAUCUGUGUUCAGCGGAUACCGAUAUCGUGUAUUUAUGACGUUUUUUGGAGCUGGGCGGCUUGCUAUCGGAGAUAUAUUUGCGAUAUCAAAUGACCUAUACACUUACGCAAUGUUCGGUGAUAUCGGGAUUCUCGCAAAAACAGAGAGUGUACGUCGGUUGUACUAUUGUUUGAGUUCUGUCGAAACCUGGCCGUUGUGUACAUGCUAUUGUUGCCUUAUUCCAUCAUCCAAACAUAUCCCCCACCUCAUGAGGUUUAGAAUGUCUCUUAUAGCCUGUAUUCAAGGCAGCUCGUAUCAGAGUCCAGUGGUUUGCAGUGUUACAGUCACAAUUGUCGUACGGGUGAUCAACGGGUAUGUAGAUGGCGGC